AUGUACCACCUCGCGAAAUCCCUCUACCUGCACGCCACCAGCAAAGAAGAAUACUCCAUUUUGCUCCUCGGCCUCGACAACGCCGGCAAAACCACCCUCCUGCGGCAGAUAACCUCCCUCUACACCCCGUCCGCCGCAGCCCCGAACCUGAAAACCGUGCCCACGGUUGGCCAAAACACAGUCACCCUCGCCUUACCCCCGCCACACCCCCCGAUAUACCUCAAGCUGUGGGACGUCGGCGGCCAGCAAGCUCUGCGUGGGCUGUGGACGAGCUACUACGCCGCCGCGCACGCCAUCGUGUUCGUGGUCGACAGCUCCGACGUCGGCAGCGCCUCUGUAUCCUCGAUGGGCGCCGCGGGGGGUCUGGCGGCCGCGGACGCAGGGCGGCUGGACGAGUGCGCGGCGGUCCUAGAGGGUAUUCUGGGUGCCGAGGAGGCCGGCGGGGUGCCCGUGCUGGUGCUGGCGAAUAAGCAGGAUCGCGAGGACUGCGUCGAGGUUGUGAGGGUUAAGGAGGGGUUUGUGCGCAGGGUGUUUGAGGGCGGGAGUGGCGGGGGCGUGAGGGAUAGUAGGGUGUUGCCGUGCAGUGCGCUGACGGGGGCGGGCGUGCAGGAGGCGGUGGAGUGGGUUGUGGCGCGGGUAAGGGGGAAUCGGGAGGGAAGGCCGCCGGUUAUGCGGUAG